AUGAAUGGAUUGGAGCGGGGCAUACCGUCCACCGAGAAGCUUAUUGUAGGAGGAUAUUUUAACGGCCACAUUGGGAGGUUGUCUGGUGGAUAUGACGGUGUGCAUGGAGGCUUCGGUUUUGGUGAAAAAAACGGAGGAGGUACUUCGUUGCUCGAGUACGCCAAAUCUUUUGAUCUGGUGAUUGUUAACUCAUGUUUCCUGAAGAAGGCAGACCACCUGAUAACCUUCCGGAGUACGGUGGCCAAGACCCAGAUUGGUUAUCUUCUUCUGAGAAAAUGUGAUAGAGGUUUAUGCAUGGAUUGCAAGGUCAUCCCGAGUGAGAAUUUUAUGACCCAACAUAGGCUUUUGGUUAUGGACUUAGAGAUCAGGUGGAAGAGGAGGAAGAGGUGUAUACCUGGUAUAUCCAGGAUCAGGUGGGGUGCAUUGCUAAGGAUAAAGCCCAGGAGUUGGGGGAGAAGUUGCUGGCUAUGGGGGCCUGGAGAAGUAGCAAGGACGCGAGAUGUAUGUGGACUACGACAACGAAUUGUAUUAGAGAGGUGGCGAGAGAGGUGUUAG